AUGGCUGCUUCAUCCGCGACAGUCGCGCUCCCUUCCAUUCUCGUGUCUCCCAUGGCCCUCCUGUCCGUGGCCAUUCUCGGCAUGCUGACCUACCUCGCCCCUCUACUCUUCCGCAAACAGCUUCGGGGGCCACGCGACGAGCCUCUCCCCCCAGGGCCGCUGUUCCGGCGGCUCUGGCUUGGCCAGUACAAUGAGCUCGUGUUCGAUAAGUGGGCGCGGGCAUUCGGGCCACUGUACUCCGUGUGGUUCGGAGACCAGCUCAUCGUGGUGCUUAGCCACCCACGCGUCGCGCAGGACCUCCUCGUUGAGAAUGGUGCCGUGUUCUCGAGUCGCAAGGACUACUACGUCAAAAACGAGGUCAUCCUGCAUGACAGGGCGAUCACGGCCAACCCGUAUGACCAACGUUGGCGGGAUCAUAGAAAUACGGCGAUGCGCUUUCUGUCAGAGAGGGCGGUUGCGGGUUAUAGCGACGCAAUCGAAAGCGAAGUGGUGACGUUGCUGCGCUCGUUGUACGACGAGUCCAACGCUUGUGCGAAACCCGUUACACCUGCAUUGAGUGCAGUGAGGUUCACCCUCAAUAACAUGCUACGCGUUUCCUUUGGUCAACGGACGACCUCGCUGGAAGAUGCUCUACUCCAUCGCAUUCAGCGGUUGGUAAUGGAGUUUGACGACAUCACCUCGCCCACAUCCAAUGCCAUCGAUUUUGUCAAGCCGCUGCGCUGGUUUCCGACCCGGACAUACAAACGCGCGGCUCAGCUGAACGCCGAGAUGAAUGACCAAUACGGGAGCAUGAUUGCAGCAAUGCAGGAACGUCUCGACAAUGGCGAGGCCGACGCGAUCCCAGAGUGCGCUAUAAAGCACAUCCUACAGAAUGAAGCAUGGGAGCACGAGGACGUGUUGAUGCUUGCAGUCGCAUUUGCCUUUGGCGGCGUCCAUUCGAUUGCCGGCAUUCUACAGUGGUUUAUUGCGUUCAUGGCGACUCAUCCGGCCGUUGCUGCUGCCGCUCACGCCGAGCUUGAUCAGGUCGUCGGGCGAGAUCGACUCCCGACGAAUGAAGACGAAAAGGACCUGCCCUACAUUCGUGCCAUUAUCAAAGAGGUCCAGCGGAUUCACUCCCCGUUCUGGGUGCCCACGCCGCACUAUUCGACAGCUGACUUUGUCUACAACGGGAUGUUCAUUCCAAAGGGCACAGUUGUCAUCCUGAAUUGCUGGACGAUGCACCACGACGAAACGCGCUACCCCGACAGCUACACUUUCAACCCCGAGCGAUAUUUGGGAGACGACCUGAGCUCGUCUGCGUCCAGCAAGCUGCGUGAUCCGAUGGCGAGGGACCAUUGGGCAUUCGGCGCGGGACGCAGAAUCUGCCCUGGGUUCGCGAUUGCUGAGCGGGAGAUCUGGCUAGCCGUGAGCGGGAUGCUUUGGUAUGGUUUUAUCCUCGGAAUCAGGAUUUCGCUGAUGCUUUGCUUUUCGAGGGCAUAUAACUUUGCUCAGGUGCCUGGCGCGCCGAUUUCGUUGGCAGAAUACGAGGGCUCGUCGGGCCGUACGCCGUUGCCUUUUGAGAUACAACUCCAGCUUCGACAUACAAAAGCCAGAGAGAUCAUCGAGAAUCAUGAGGGUUGGCAUUCCUUGUAA